AUGGCCGAGCUCACGCCGGGCUCCACCGAGUCCCCCCUGACCCAGGCGCCUCCCGAGCCGACAGCCCGACCUACCAGUUACUCGUGUCCGAGCGGCGACCCCCGGGGCCAGGGACAACCAGGAGCCAUGUUGCAGUUCGCUGAUAGUGCUGACAAUGCUAUCGCCAGAUGGCAAGGUCUCGGCCGUCCAGGUGUAGAAGAAGUGAACCUGGCGACGCUGUGCGGCGGCUGCAUCGUGACGUGGGUGUCCCCGGCGCUGACCUCGCUGGCGGAGCAGACCUCGCUGGUGCUGACGACGGCCGAGCAGUCGUGGGUGGGCUCGAUGCAGCUGCUGGCGAGCGUGCUGGGCCCCGCCCCGGCCGUGUUCCUGGUGCGACUCUACGGUUGCCGUGCGACGCUGAUGGCGGUGGCUACCGUGUACGCGUGCGGCUGGGUCCUCGUGGCGGCCAUGCGCUCCGUCCAGGUGCUGCUGGUCGGGAGGUUCGUCCUGGGGCUGGCCAUGGGCGCCACCUUCGCCGUGCUGCCCAUCUACACUGGCGAGAUCGCGCAGGCUGAGGUUCGCGGCGUGCUGGGCUCCUUCUUCAUGCUGUUCUUCACGUCGGGCUUCCUGCUCGAGUACAGCGUCGGGCCGUUCGUGUCGUACCUGGCGCUGGCGCUGCUGUCCGGCGCGCUGCCUCUGGCGCUGCUGGCGGGACUGCUGCUGGUGCCAGACUCGCCGCGCCAGCUGCUGGCGAGGGGCAGGGUGGACGAGGCGCGCGCGGCGCUCGCCUGGCUCAGGAACUGCUCCGGCGAGGAGGUCUCCACCGAGCUUGAGCUCAUCAAGGCUAGCGAGAAGGCGCGGGCCCAGGACAAGGAGAAGAGCUCCUUCCAGCACCUGGCCACGCGGGGGAACCUCAAGGCCCUGGCCCUGUGCCUGGCGCUCUGCUUCUUCCAGCAGAUGAGCGGGGCCACCGCCCUCGCCACCUACACGCAGACCAUCUUCGCCGCGAGCGGCGCCGGCAUCAGCCCCACGCUGUCCACCAUCGUGACCGGGGUGUCCAUGGUGCUGGCGGGCAUCGCGUCCUGCCUGCUCAUCGACCUCGUGGGCCGCAGACCGCUCAUCUUCGUGUCCUCUGCCGGGGUCGCCUCGUCCAUGAUUCUUCUUGGCACAUACUUUCAUAUGAAGGAAAUCGGAGAUGUUUCUAAAUAUGGAGUGUUGCCUAUCACAUGCGCUAUUGGAUUCAACAUUUUCUACGGCAUAGGCUGGGGGCCAGUGCCCAUGACGGUCGCCGCCGAGGUCUUCUCCGGCGAGGUCAAGGAGCGGGCCGUGUUCCUGACCAUGGCCUGCCUCAACUUCCUGGGCUUCCUCAACGCGCGCUUCUUCCUGGAGGUGGCCGAGCGCGUGGGCAUGGGCCCCUGCUUCUGGUUCUUCGGCGGCUGCAGCCUGGCCGGCGCGCUGGCGGCCUUCCUCUGCACUCUGCCCCGCGCGUACCUCGAGAGCUGGGAGCACAUGACUUGGAGCUCCGAGCGAGACGUGUGCGAGAGAAUGGUGCUGGAGAAGCAACAGGUGUCCGCGGGGAAGGAGGAGGCAGGCUCCGUCUGGCCGCAGUGGGUCGCAGCGCUCAUUGGUAACGUCCCCUAG